AUGGACCAUCCCGAGCCCAUAUCAAAGCGAGUACCUGAGAUUCCACAAUGUCGCAAGGGCUUCACUCUUGAGGAGGCGCGCGGCUUCGUCGACUCCGUCAUGCAGGUCUUCCACAGCCUAGAGGACAUGACCGACUUGCGGUCCAUGUACGAGACCGGGAAGCAGUUGAGUCGGCUCUACUUCGACUGCCACCAGUACCGUGUUGAGUUGGCCGAGUACCUGACCAGUCACGAUUACCCGGCCUUCGCGUCGAAGAUGAUGAAGAAGUUGAAUAAUAUGGGUGUCUUCAAAAACGACAAUAUUUGGUUUUCCUCAUUUUAUUUCUACAACACGACGUGGAACUUUUCUGAAAUCUGGCCGGACUUCGCCACAGCCCUGGCUAACGCGGGUCUUCCCAACUUGCUGAACCUCAACAUCGGUCAUCAGCCCUACCUGGACAAUUUGCCUAGCAAAAACGUUUACUACCUUGUCAAGGCCAGCCUCUCGAUCAUCCACAAUAUCGCAAGAGUGCCUGGCAACGUGCACUGCUUCUCCACCGAUGCCGUGAAGAGUGCGUUGACGAAUAAGUUUUUGCGCGAGGAGGAGUUUUUGCGGUGCAUCUCAGACCUCUGUCUAGCCUACAUUGUCACCGACAACGACACCAACCUCAUGACACAAUUCCUCAAUGGUUCUCCACCCAACAACACCAGCAUUCUCCAGAGCCUAGUCGAUCAUGUGGUCACCGCGAAGACGUCUGAAAAACGCCGUUGCCAUGGUUUUCAGGUGUCCGAGCUCUUGUCUGCCAUCGCCACUCUGACCGUAAACGAUUCCAUCAAGCCAGACGUUCUCUCGGUCUCAGUUUCGCAAGGUGGUGAGCGCGUGACGGUCACCCACUUGGCGAGGGACGCGAUCGAAGCCGCCACCCAGGCCAACCCCUCUCUGGUGGCCAUCCGUGAGGCCGAGGAGGCUGUGCGCCUGCUGUGGAACCUGUCUCUCGACCCGCGUUCAACCAGUCCCUCUUCGGACUUGAACAUGCAGAUUGGCACCUGGCUGUCGGGCUUCAUCAAGGAGGGCAGGCUGUCUUCUCUCCCGAAUCACGUCGCCAAGGCCCUUGAGGCUGUGUCAGCACGCGUUUCUUGCCCUCCACCGACCUCCACAUUGCUAGGCCAGGGCACUUUUCUCAUUUCCUUCGCGCCAGUAAACCGCACGGCUGCUGUGAAGAUCGCUGAACGCCUGCAGAGCAUCGGGCUGCCUGUGAGUCCACUCGAAUCACCAGACGCCGACACCGCUCUGCCGGACGCGUCCGCAGUUGGAAUGUCAGGCCUCUACUCCGUGUCGCCAUCCUUUGCCUCGUGGAAGAAGAUGAUUGACUCCGCUAGUAUUGUCGUUGUCUGCGCCUCCGAGGCAUACCGGCUCUCGCCAGGCUGUCGUUACGAAAUCGAGUCCAUUCGUCCUGGCUUGGUUUCUUCAAACAUCUCCGGUGGGGACUCUUCGCAUAAGCAGGCCAGCAGGUACAUCCUCCCGGUGUACUUGCAACCUAAGUACAAACCGACUGGUUGGCUCGGUGACAUCCUAGCCGGACAGGUUGUUCUCGACCUAAGUGGCCGGCGAGAUCUCGACGUUGGGUUCGAGAAUUUCAUCCUACAGGCGCAAAAUCUCUACGCGGAGGUGAAGCAGACCCUUGACACGAUGAUGGCCAACGACCGGAAGGGUUCGCUCGGCGCCAUCUCCACGGGGGCAGCUUCUCAAGCCAAUCACGUCGAUGGACUAAUCCCUGGGUCCUUGAAGAAGAUCACCAGUGACUUUGUCCCAGGCGCGGUCAGCUGCUCGACGAGCCUUGGCCGAGACGGGAGUCUGCCCAAGGGAAUGGCUCGGCCGAGGGGCCCCUUUUACGGUACCAUGUCCGGUGCACCCUCUCCCGAGGCCAUGGUGCGCAUUCGAAAGUCCGCAGUUCGUCCUGAGGUGCGCUCCUGGUCCACCACCACAGUCUCGCAAUGGCUCAAGUUCCGUGGAAUGGGACAAAUUCUGCAAGUCACCGGAGCCUUCGACGGCGUUCUUCUCUCCCAACUUGCGACAAUGCGUUUCUGGGCUCCGGAAUACUUUGCACGCGCUCUGCAAUCAGAAUUGCACCUCUCCUUCAUCGACGGGCUACGGCUAAUUGAGGCGCUUGACGAAUUAUCUCCAGAAGGUCUGGGCGACGAGGACGAUGGUGGUGCUGGCGGUGGUUUCGUCGGUGCCGGUCCAGAGGGUAAUUACGACGAUCGCGCAGAUGCCUUUUCUCACGUCAGCGGAUGCGAUAAUCUGGGUGGCCGAUAG